AUGAAGAGAGCUAAGAGCCUCCGUCGAUCGAUAUCCCUUAGAGUGUAUGAAGAAGUUUCCAUGGCUGGGAAAACGGUGGCGAUUACCAAUGCCAACUGCGGUUUAGGGUUUCAGGUUGCUCGAAUGAUGGCGCUGCGAGACUCGCGUCUCAUUCUGAUCAGUUCUACGAAAGAAAGCGCUUUGAAGACGAAGGAGCGAAUAUUAAAAGAUAAAGCCUUUCCGGUUCAGGAAAUCGAAAGAGCGAUUAUCAUCGCGUCUUAA